ACCAACCCAACCCGGCAACCUCCCCCCCCCACCCCUGCUCGCCCUCUCCCUCCCGCUCUCGCCGGCGACCUCGACGUCUCGCUCUCAAAACCCUAGCUCUCGUCCCCCUCCCCGCCGCCGCUUCGCCCCAGCUCGGUCACUCGGAUCGCGCCGCGCCCGCUCCCACCCGAAACCCUAGCUCACUCCCCACCACGCUUGGAUCCGAUGGCGGAGAGGAAGCUGGAUCGACCCGCGGCGCUCGGGAAAGAUGGGCUGUCGCUUGGGAUCGAGGAGGACAGGGCCGCCGCCGCCGCCGCCAUGGGGUUCGUCGACGAUUUCAAAGAUCCGCAGCACCUGGAAAACAGCAUUCCUCUGUCUCCUCAGUGGCUCUAUGCUAAACCGACUGAUGCAAAGAUUUCAUUGCCUCAUGGGUCCUCCCUUGAACCUGCUGAAAAGGAGCUGAGGCUGCUGGAAGGAACUGUGGAUAAGAAAGAACGCAGGCGGAAUGUGUUUGAUGCUGACAGUGGUCUUCGUUGGCUUGAAGAGGAAAGAGAGACAAGCUUACUUGGGAGGAAGGAGCGCAAGAAGGAAGUGGACCGGGAUUUGGAGAAUCGUAAAAAUGAUCGCCGAUCUGACAAUGUUUCUGCAAGGGAUAACAUUGAUUCACGUGCACCUCCUACAUCUGAAAGGUGGAGUGAUGGUUCCACCCGUAGUUUGGGGAAUGAAGCACGGCGUGAUGGAAAAUGGUCAUCAAGAUGGGGGCCUGAUGACAAGGAGAAGGACUCCAGGUCGGACAAGAAGAUUGACGCAGAAAAGGAUGAAACAUAUGCUGAAAAACAGACAUUUACGGGAAGGUUGCUGUCUGAGUCGGACUCCCGUGAUAAAUGGAGACCUCGUCACCGGCAGGAAAGUCAUUCUGUCGGGACAGCUACAUACCGUGCUGCUCCAGGCUUUGGAUCUGAGAAAGGUCGUGUAAAGGACUCGAAUGUUGGUUUUGCCCCUGGAAGAGGCAGGGGAAACCCAAACUUAGUUCCAUCCUUCAACCGGCCAUCAUCUGCAGGACCAAUUGGUGCUCCACCUGUGCACGGAAAAUGUGCAAAAACUGCUGUUACUUUUCGCUACCCAAGAGGGAAGCUUCUGGAUAUAUACAGGCAAAAAAAUAUGAUGGCAUCCUUUGAUGACGCCCACCUUAAACUGGAGGAAAUUCCUUCCAUCACACUCUCUACUUCUGCAAAACCACUAGCCUUUGUUGCACCCAAUACUCUUGAAGAGGCUCUUCUGGAAGAUAUUAGGAAAGGUAAAAUCAUUAGCAGCGAAGCAAUCAAUGCGCCUGGAAACAAAAAAGAGAGGACACAAGAUCCUGAAGAACCAGCUUGUGGUGUUGAUGACAACAAGGCUAAAACCACUAUUGCAUUUGGUGGGUUGGGUCACGAAGGAUCUGCUUUAAUCUCGGAGAAGGAUGCAUUCUAUGAUGAAGGGAUGUUUUCUAGUGCUGUUAGUACAUCUGCACCAAUGAGAUUUAUAGAGGAACAUGCCCGUGAUAAUCAAUCUGGGAUUCCCGGCAUUCAUGAAGGUUUGAAAACUGAUGAAGUCAAGUCAAGUGCUGAUCAUGAUCUUAGCACUAAGCUACCUGACGAUUCAAACACUCUGUUUGAUGUACCACCCUUCGAGCAUCCUCCAGAAUCCACUAUGUCAUACCAAAGCAGUGACAUGGAUAUGAAAGCUAGGGGCCAGGUUAGUUACCCAGAGGAGCUGACGUUAUAUUAUCUGGAUCCCCAAGGAGGUGUUCAAGGUCCAUUUCUGGGUGCUGACAUAAUCUCCUGGUAUGAAGAUGGAUAUUUUGGUUUGGAGUUACCUGUUCGUUUAUCUCAGGCUCCAGACGAUGCUCCUUUCCGCCCACUUGUUGAAGUCAUGCCACACCUUGGACGAAAGCCCCAAUCACACCCGCCUGUACCCUGUGAUGAAAGUGCUGGAUCUCUGGAUUCUGUUCAAAGUAAAUUUGAAGCUGCAAUCCCUACUUCUGCUUCUUCUGGGAAGAGUGAUCAAGCAUCUAAAUGGGACUCUGAAAGCUAUGCAGUUGAUCCUAAAAGAGGUGAGCAGGAAGCAUCAGUUCAGUCUCAAACUAGUUGGUUACCUUCAUCUGAAACACAAAAGGAUUCAGCAAACAUUAGACAACACAUUCCUGAAGCAGUAAAUCAGGAUGCUGAAGAAGUGUUGUACACUGGGAGGCCUAAUAGCAGCAUGGGUCAAUCCCUAAGGGAUCUCGAAAAUGACCGUGCAGAUUUCCAGUUGGCAUCACGUGAUCCCCGUUCUAGGGUGGGAGAAGCUAAUUUGCCUCAGCAUGAUGGCCCGAGAGAGAGUGAUCUGAGUCCUCUUGGCUUACUUUGGUCUGAGCUGGAAGGGAUGCACCCAAAGCAACCUCUCUCAUCGAAUGUACUUGGUGUAAAUAAGCGGAGAAAUCCCAAGCCUACAGCGCCCAAGGACAUUCCAGCUGUAAACAUGAGGCAUGGGCCACUUAGCAGGAUGAAUGAAGCUUCUGGUGUGCGUGACGAGUGGCCUGCUAACUUUGGGCAGCUGGACAACAUGAAUGAUGCAAACAUUUCAGGCCGAAUCCCUCAGGUUGAAGCUGAACAUCAUUUGAAUUUUGAGGAGCAACUGCUUCUUCAACAGAUUCGAAGGGAGCAGCUGCAGCAGGAGCAAAUGAUGGCCCGUAACAAUUUGGAGUUUCCUGGACCAUUUCCAGGGCAGGUGUUUGAUUCUUUGCACCAACACCGACAGCCUAUGAAUCAACCACUUCCUGAUGCGGAUCAUAUUUUGAGAGUACAGUUUGAACUUGAACAACAACGCUGUCAACAGCUCCAACAAGAGCAGCACCAAAGGCAGCUGCAGCAGCAACGGCAAACCCAACUUUUGCAGCAGCAGCAACAGCAGCAGCAAAAGAUGAUUCUCGAGCAACUGUUGCAACAACAGCUGCAGGGUUCAAAUUUCGGACCAAAUAACAUGGUCGAUCAAGUCUUACUUCGGGAGCAUGUAUUGAAUGACCUGCAUCACCAACCCCACCAUUUGCAAAGGCAGCAUGAUGCAGCAAUUGAACAACUUAUUCAAGCAAAGUUUGGGCAUGGCCUUCAUAGGGAGCAUCACAAUGAUAUGUUGGAUGUUCUCCCACGUUCAAAUCAGAGGCAGAUGCUUCCUUUAGAGCAGCAAAUUCUUUUAGGUCUUCAGCACGAGCAGCUUCAGUCACAACAAUUGGCUAAUGCUCUACGACAGCAUUCAGGCCGGGAGGAAGAAAGGCACUUAAGUGGGGUCUGGCCAAUGGACGAUGCUGGUCAGUUUAUUUGCUCAGGAACCAGUCCAAAUCAAGGCCACAUUUCUAGGCAAGGUCGUUUUGAUCUUCUGGAUACUCUUCAGAGAUCUUCUUCCUUCGAACAUCAUGAACAUCUUGACCGGAGCCUCUCCUUGCACGAGCGUUUGCAUAGGGGAGGUCAAGGUAUUCACUCCCUUGAGCGGUCUGGUUCUUUGCCUGGUGGUGGUCCUUUACCAAAUCCAGAUGUUAUAAAUGCCCUAGCACGUCAGCAUGGCCUUGGUCAACUGGAAACACAUGGUGAUUUUUAUUCUUCAGGCCAAAUGCCUAUGCUUGCUUCAGGGGUUCAUCCCCAGCAACAUAGGUUUCAGGAGCAGCUUUCUGGUUCUCAUGCAGGAAGGCUAGAAAGGCACUGGUUGGAUGCCAAUGGACAAUUGCAAAAUAGUCUGAUGGAAUCUUCACGCAUUAACCAGUUGCAGAUUGAAGCAGAGAAGCAGAGGAGGAAUGUGGAAAUGAACCUUUCUGUUGACAAUCCGCAUGCAUGGGCAGCACUUAUGAACAAAGAGAGGAACACGGAGCAAGAUUUGAGUGAUAUGAUCCGUAAUAAACUUGUCCUUCAAUCACAGCAAUCUUUGGGAUUUCCUGAUGUUCCGGUGCCCGCAUCAUUUGGACGUAAAGAUCCUUCUGUACACUUUGCACAGCCUGUUGCAGAGAACCCUUUGAGAUCCCCAGUGAACAGAUUGACUUUGGAGGAGUCUCUUGCAGAAAGGUCAGUUUUUACAAAAAUAGGGGAGUCAGCGCAGGAGGGAUCAGUCAAUCUUAAUAGUAUUGAGAACAGUGGGAAAUAUAACCUUAGAUCAAACUCUUCAUCGAUGCUUGAGCAGAAACAUUUUCUUGCAACAGAUGAUGUUCAAAGGGGAGAAUUUUCAGAUAUUACGGGUGGCAGAGCAUCUGCUAAUCAAUUUGUUGGGAGUGUCAAUGAGUUGACCAGGGGGAAAAAGCAGGGUUCUAGUGUGAACUUGGCUGGAGAUGAUACUGAUUUUGCUGAAGAAGCUGUUAGGAGCUGGUCUGAUACUGGCAUCUCAAAAGGGAAUUCUCACUCCUUGCUAAAGCGCACAACGAGCCAACAUACUGCUACAUCUCAGGCAGUUUCCAUGGAUUUAUCUUCAACUGUUAGGCUGAAGAAGGCAGGCCUUUCAUCUUCUGAUGAGAAUAAGAUGGAAUCAGUAGUCACCUCAGUAGCCAAGGCUAUGGAAGCCUCUGUUCCGAGCAGCAAAGAGACGGGGGCGUAUAGCAUGCAAUCAACCACCACCAAUCUUGAUGCCUCUGGUCAGUCGUUCAGCGAAGCGUUGAAGAGCACAAAGAAGCCGCCCAUGCAGUAUGAUGCCUCGGAAUCUGCAGACGGGGGCCCGGGUGGUAAAGGUGCGAAGAAGAAAACAAAGAAAGGAAAGCAGAUUGACCCUUCUCUUCUUGGCUUCAAAGUCCACAGUAACCGGAUCAUGAUGGGUGAGAUCGUUCGCGAUGAUUAACAUGCAUGGGUUACGCCAUUGUGUGUACAUGCUCACCUCGUUGUAAUUCCACAAAAAUUUUGUACCAUGGCUCCAUUUUUUUGUCCAGAUCUUUUCCUUAGCCUUACUUUACCAAAUUUGUCAGAAGAUGUAGCUGAAAUUAGGGAGGCUUCUUUUUGUAUCGGUGCCCUCAGGUUUACAGGAUAGACAUUUGUACAGAACAGGGAAGACCAUCAAAUGUAACUUUUGUCCAUACUUUUGUUGAUGAUCUAUCAUCAACUGUGCAGAUAUGGAUCAUCACAAUUACUUUUA